CGGGUGAGACAAAUUGUAAACACCAUUUCACAACAGAUCGACACUACCGGUGUAAUAUGAUUUCUGUAGUACAGUGCUCAUAAACCAUGCAUUGGGAUUCAGUAUGAUGACAAAAGAAACUUUUUCUACCAGCAGAUAAAAACAGGACCCAAUGGAAUCUUCAAGUUCAAAUCCAGAUUUAUUGGCCCUAGCAACAGCUAGUGUCCAGGCUCAGGAAAGAUUGCACUUGGAGCUGAAGAAGAGGAAAGUGAAGAAGAAAGAUGGUAAAUCUCCAUCAGCAUUUGACCAUUCCAUACAAGCAUUAGAACAUCUUCAGUCCUUGAAGGCAGAGCUUGAAGACAGAGAUUUCAAGCUUCAUGACUAUAGUUCUAAGGUCACAGAAGAAGGACUGCAGUCUCUGAGGCAGCUUUGCCUCAUGCAUGUUCCCAGCUCCGUCACAGAAGAUGUUAGAGGGUUAUUUCAGGAAAAACUCCAAGAUAUAUUUGAAGGUUGGAGCAGAGAAGUCUUAUUUGCUGCAAUCAUAACUUGUCCAUGGUACUGGGCCACACAAGAAGAAAGAGGGCAGCAGGCCAAGCACAACUCUAUUUUAGUGAUUUAUGUAGGGCGGGAUGAGGAGUUCUUUGCUCCAAUUAACAGACAUUUUAAAGAACAGCACAAUGUCAUAGAUUUGGGAUGGUUUUAUGCUGCAGAAGUUUUUCAUUUUUGCAACUAUGCUGUUAAGGGAAAACAAAGAUUUGUUGAGGCUUUAUGUCUACCACAGACAGCAAUCAUAUUUGAAUCUGACCAGUGGAUAAACAUGAAAACUUCUCUUACCAGCCAACUGCUCAAUCUCAGGGGAUUUUUGGAGCAGUGUCGGGGCCAAGCCAUUGGUGGUAUAUCCAAGAAGAGCAAAGUUUCUGGACAGAUGCGGCUGAGUGAUAAAGCUACACUUUAUGAAAUGAGCCAAUCAUUUCGCCUCUUACAUAGUGCAUCAUGUGUCUUAAAUGGUGAAAUACCUUCAAUGGACUGUAUUCUGGAAGCUGAUAAUCUUUCAGAUGUGGGCAAAGAAGCUCUCAGAAAACUCCAGGCAGCUUAUCAGGAUGAAACCAUGUCCAAGCUAGACUUAUUUGAUAUUGUACAGCGAUGGAAAAAGGAGGUGGAUUGUAAAAUGUCUAAAGCAAAAUUCAAUAAACUGGAAAAAGUACAGGAAGAGCUUGGCAAGUGGCAGGCUGAUGUCAGGUGCUGUCAGAAAAAUGAGAACUUCCAAAAACUAGUUGUUGAAGAUUCUGCUAGAGACUGCUUGCUGUCACUAAUGAAGAAGAUUGGAGGUCCAGUGGCUAGUAUGGAACCUGAGCAAAUAGUCAUGAUAGCACAAGCAGGGAGUUAUUUAUAUGACCUGGCAACACCUGAUAGUGAUGUGGAUUACAUUAUAGUUUAUCUUACUCCCACAGAGAAAAUAAUAAGUUCCUGUGGCAUAGGAAAUGAAUCGUAUGAGAAUCGUGGCCCCCAGAAGCAGUUUGAGUAUGGAGCAUAUGAAGCAAGACUGUUCUGUGAGAUGCUCAGUAAAGGCAGUGUGGUCAUCUUGGAGCUAGUUUUCUCUUUGGAUCUGGAAUAUACCAGCUCAGCCUGGAGGGAAUUGGUCAGUCAUAAGCAAGAUUUUGUGACAGAAACCGCCAUUCAGCAAUACCUAGGUCUUGUGAAGAACAACAUGAAGAUGAUUGAGGGUGGUAAACACCAGGGCACAUCCAGGGAGAGGAAGCUUUUUUAUCAGACGUUCCACAAGCUGGACAGUCUGGAGUACUUCCUCCAGGGUAACCCGCCCCCAGUUAAAUGUUCAGGGCACAUCAAGGAUUUCAUCAUGAAGAUAAGACAAGGACCUCUUGAGGGAGAAAUUUCUAGAGAAAUUUUGUUCAAACUGGCUGAAGAAAAACUACAGAAACUACAAUCUGCUUUUGCUGGCAGAGCUUGCAGGCUUCCAGAGCAUGCUAACACAAAGUAUCUGACCGACUGGCUGAUGCGCAUUAGGGGAUGGAAAGUGGAGCCCCAGAGUUGAUCUUCAUUUACAAAAAAAAAAAAAAAAAAA